GUAAGAUUAAUAAAAGACAAACCUGAGAUUGAUGCCGAUGAAACCCAUCCCCUUUGGGCCUCGUUCUACAAAGCCAUGUGGUCUUGGGGAUGGGCUGCCAUCCAUCUGGGUUUUAUGACAUCUCCUUUAUCUCCCAAAGUCCUGGUGGACUGA